AUGGUUCAGUCAUCGAUCCUCGGUUUCCCCCGCAUGGGUGUGAACCGUGACCUGAAGAAGGCUACUGAGGCUUACUGGGGCGGCAAGCUCUCCCAGGCUGACCUCCUGGCUGAGGCCAAGCGCCUCCGUCUUGCUCACUGGAAGAUCCAGAAGGAUGCCGGCGUUGAUGUUAUCCCUAGCAACGACUUUGCCCUGUACGAUCAGGUCCUGAGCCACAUCCAGGACUUUGGUGCCGUCCCUGAGCGGUACACCAGCGCCAAGCUCGAUGCCAUUGACACCUACUUCGCCCUGGGCCGUGGCCACCAGAAGAACGGCGUCGACCUGCCGUCCUUGGAGAUGGUCAAGUGGUUCGACUCCAACUACCACUACGUCAAGCCCACGCUGCAGGACAACCAGACCUUCUCUCUGGUUGAGAAGCCCAAGGCGGUUGCCGAGUUCCUCGAGGCCAAGGAGGCUGGCAUUGCCACCCGCCCCGUUCUCGUCGGCCCCGUCACCUUCCUGCACCUGGCCAAGGCCGACCGUGGCCAGUCCGUUGACCCCAUUGACCUGCUCGAGAAGCUCCUGCCUGUCUACGACGCCCUCCUGGCCCAGCUGAAGGAGGCUGGCGCCGAGACCGUCCAGAUCGACGAGCCCGUCCUGGUCUUUGACCUGCCCGCCAAGACCAAGGCCGCCUUCAAGACCGCCUACGAGCACUUUGCGGCCGAGGCCGCCAAGCUGCCCAAGCUGGUCUUCGCCACCUACUUUGGUGACAUUGUCCACAACCUGGAGGCCGUCCCCAAGGACGUCUACGCCGUCCACGUCGACCUGGUCCGCAACCCUGAGCAGCUCGAUGCCGUCAUUGGUGCCCUGGGCCCCAAGACCGUUCUGUCCGUCGGUGUUGUCGACGGCCGUAACAUUUGGAAGACCAACCUGAAGCGCGCUGUUGAGACCGUUGAGGCCGCUAUCCAGAAGCUCGGCAAGGACCGCGUUAUUGUCGCCACUUCCAGCUCUCUGCUGCACACCCCCCACACGCUGGCCAGCGAGAAGAAGCUGGACCCUGAGAUUGCCGACUGGUUCUCCUUCGCCGUCGAGAAAGCCAGCGAGGUCGCCGUCAUUGCCAAGGCCGUGACUGAUGGCCCCGCCGCCGUCAGCGAGCAGCUCGCUGCCAAUGCCAAGUCCAUGGAGGCUCGUGCCUCCUCCAGCCGCACCAACGACCCCAAGGUCAAGGAGCGCCAGGCCCAGAUCAAGCCUGCCGACUACAACCGCAAGUCGGAGUUCCCUGAGCGUAUCUCCCAGCAGCAGAAGAAGCUGAACCUGCCCCUGUUCCCCACCACGACCAUCGGCUCGUUCCCCCAGACCAAGGAGAUCCGUCAGCAGCGCAACAAGCUCACCAAGAACGAGAUCACCGAGGCCGAGUACGACCGCUUCAUCGAGAAGGAGAUUGACGAGAACGUCCGCAUCCAGGACGAGCUCGGCCUUGAUGUCUACGUCCACGGUGAGCCGGAGCGCAACGACAUGGUCCAGUACUUUGGUGAGCGCCUGAACGGCUAUGCCUUCACCACGCACGCCUGGGUUCAGAGCUACGGCUCGCGCUGCGUCCGCCCUCCCAUCAUUGUCGGCGACAUCUCGCGCCCUGCCCCCAUGACCGUCAAGGAGAGCAAGUACGCUGCCUCGGUCUCCAAGAAGCCGAUGAAGGGUAUGCUGACGGGCCCCGUCACCUGCCUGCGGUGGUCGUUCCCCCGUGACGACGUUCACCAGUCUGUCCAGGCCGAGCAGCUCGCUCUGGCUCUGCGCGACGAGGUCGUCGACCUGGAGAAGGCCGGCAUUGACGUCAUCCAGGUGGACGAGCCUGCGCUGCGUGAAGGUCUGCCCCUGCGCUCCGGCAAGGAGCGUGAGGCCUACCUCGACUGGGCCGUCAAGGCUUUCCGCCUGUCCACCACCGGUGUUGAGGACUCGACUCAGAUCCACUCGCACUUCUGCUACUCUGAGUUCCAGGACUUCUUCCACGCAAUUGCUGCCCUGGACGCCGAUGUUCUGUCCAUUGAGAACAGCAAGUCGGACGCCAAGCUGCUGAAGGUCUUUGUCGACUCGGCCUACCCCCGCCACAUCGGCCCUGGUGUCUACGACAUCCACUCGCCCCGCAUUCCCAGCGAGCAGGAGAUCCACGACCGCAUUGAGGAGAUGCUGCAGUUCCUCAAGCCCGAGCAGCUGUGGAUCGACCCCGACUGCGGUCUCAAGACCCGCCAGUGGACCGAGACCAAGGCUGCCCUGGUCAACAUGGUCAACGCCGCGAAGGCUUUCCGCGAGAAGUACUCGAAGCAGUAA